CGUCAAUUGUUUGGUCAAAUGCCUGCACGAGUAGUCAUGGAAUGCCAUCAAUCUAUAGACAACAGCUUAUGUGUUUUGCUCUUUAGACUGAGGCGUUUUUCAGUCUUAAAUUGCUUUACGAAACUGCGAUCAUAUUCAACAAUUGUUUUCUUAUCUAUCGAUUGUAGUCCAUAUGAUCCGAUUUUUAUAAAGAUUUUUACCGUCGAAACACCACUUAAAUUUUCUCGAUGCGAGUAAUCACACGAAAUGAUGGACCAAAUUCUGUUAUGGAUGAAUCACUAUCACAAUCUUGAUUGACAAUGGAAAUAAUGUCAAGGUAGUAAAACGUAAGAAUCAGAAAGAAAGGGUAGGGAAAGAGGAGUAGAAAUGCCACUUGUAACCAAAAGGGCAAAUUGCCUGGAUGAAAAAUCGGGAGGGAAAUUUUGAACAAGUCAAAUCUCAGUUGCGGAGAAACUGACAGUUGGGACUCUGCAGAUGAUGACGUGGACGAGGUCAGCUGAGAUAAAAAAGUAAGCAGAAAACCCCGCCAAAAGUUGCGGGGCCCGCCUUCUGUUUUUUCUCUACCUCCUUUUUCCCAUUUCCCCGUCCCAAAAUAAUCGAAAUCUAAAGCGAAAAACAGAGAGCGACAAAGAGCCCUACUCAGCCUCCAAUUCAUUCCCCUCAGCUGCAUUUAAUCACUUGCGAAUUGCGAUUGCCACCCACUUCUCUCAUUAGCCUGCUCCCUGAUCUCCAUCUGCAAUUAGUUAAUUAAUAUCCUCACAGGAAACAAAUCAUGCUCUGUUUCAGAGCAGCAUGAAUCACACUCUGUUCACACAAUUGAACUCGUCAUUGGAUCGAGUUCUUGAGCUACCCUCUGUUUCUAGAACGGGGAAAGAUGGGUUCUUUGUUGUUCCGGGAGUCGAUUACUGAAACGGGUCGCUUUUGAUUUUGCGGUAAUCGAUUGAGCUCUCGUUUGGUUCUUUUUCUUCUUCAAUGGCGGAUAGUAAAGGGGGCUGCUGGUAUGGCUGGAUGAAGAAGAUUUUUACUUGCCACCUGGCAGAAAAGAAAUUGAAGAGAGGGAAAUGGAAAUGGGUUCCACGGCGGCUGCGGUUGCUGCGGCAGCACCCUGUUAUUCCGUCACCAACCACACAGCUCACGGAAGCCAGAGAGCGGCAGAAGAAUUACGCUCUCACCGUCGCCAUGGCCACCGCCGCGGCGGCAGAGGCGGCUGUCGUGGCCGCCAAAGCCGCCGCCGAGCUCGUACGCCUCACCGCCACCAAUAAUCCUCACCGGAUUUUAUUUAAACGAGACAGGAACCGGGCUGCAAUUCUGAUCCAGAGUGUCUUCCGUGGCUACCUUGCUAGGAAAGCGUUGAGAGCAUUGAAGGGAGUUGUGAAGCUACAAGCCAUUGUUCGCGGCGAGUUGGUUCGACGACGACAAUCUGUCAUCAUCAACAAGCUCAAGCAUUUGGCUCUGCUAGACGAUGUUGAUGAUGCUAACUGUACAGCAGCUUCCAUGGAUGAACAUGAAGAGAAGGACUUCAAGGGGAGGGGAGAGCACAAGCAUCUUGAAUCCCUCCAACCGCUUAGAUGCAGCAGCCAUAGAAGCUGGGAUUUCAGCAGUCUGUCCAAGGAAGAGCUAGAAGCUGUAUGGUUAAGGAAGCAAGAAGGUAGCAUGAAACGAGACAGGAUGAUGAGAUACUCCUUCUCCCACCGGGAAAGGAGGAACUCAAAGUUACUGGAGGAAUUACUGAUGGAGGAGAAUGAGGGGAACAAUGGCAAGCAUUGGAUGGAGAAUCUGAGACUAGUCCCCCUAUCCAAUUCAUUCAAUGGCGAGACCGAAUUCUGCUCGCAGCUUGCUAAAACCAGCAAAGACAACAGCACCAAUUCGCCCGUGGCAAGACGGUCAUUCGGUGGUCACCACACCAGACGGGGGAGCAGCUCAGCAGCACGAGACGUGGACAACGAUGACAAUGGUGGCGAGAUCACAAGCUCGUCGAUCGUGCUGCCAACGUACAUGGCAGCAACACAGUCCGCGAGGGCCAGGACGAGGUCGAUGAGCACGCCGAGGCAGAGAGUGGCAGUGGGCAGAGAGGAUGAUAACAGCAAAGGUGGGAUUGUGAAGGUGCUCUGGUCUUCUGACAAUGGCGAUCUGUUUGGGAUAUCGUCUGCUGGUAAAGAAAUGACGAGCAGGAAAUGCCAUCACCGUGGAUUCAGCCUUGCUUCUCGAGGUUAGAAAUUGGUGUUGGUUAAUUGGUGAGAUGAUACAAGAAAUCUGAAGUUGUAUAGAUAUGAAAGUGUCCUUCUUUUGGUUUGGCUGGUACAUGAUCAUCAUAUUCAUAUUUUUGAACAUCGCUUCGUGUGAGAGGAGUUUUGUUCUUUGCUAUUUGUGGCUGAGAUUUGAGUGUAAAGAGUUCGGCUUGGUGUUUUGAAUUCCAGCUAAAAAGAAGCUGUUUGGAUGGUGGAGUGAGAUUUGAUGCAUGAAUUUGAAAGAACCGCAAAAGGCCGAUUCUCACAGCACAACCAGAGGCCCAAUGGUAAAUGGUGUCUGUGGCCCAACUACAAUAAACAAGCCCAAAUAAAAUCGCGCCAAAUUGACCUACCGGCUACCGGUACCGGAAGCGAGUAAUCAACAUAUUUCCCACCGGCGGCCGCCGCCUAGUGAACCUAUAUGCAAGGGAGUUGAUAAAGGUCGUCCUAACAA